AUGAUGAUGGUGAACAAGAAAUACAAAGAGAUUCAUAAGAAGAUGAAAUACAAUCCAUUCAGUAUUAAAUCAAAAAAGAUUUUUCCUAAAUUAACAAAUCAAUUUUUAUAUUCAAGAAAUGACAAUAAAAUUAAAGGAGUUCAUCAUAUUUUAGUUGAAGUUAUUUCAUAUUCAACAUAUAUGAAAGAAAUAGAUGAUGAUAUUUAUUGUUGCAGAUAUUAUGAUAGAGAAAUUAGAGAAAUAAGAAUUGAAGAACAUAUUAAACAAUGUGUUGAUGAAUGUUUUAAUGGAUAUACAAGUUUAACAAAAAUAGAAUUAACACCACAUCUCUAUAAACUUCCAUUUAAAUGUUUUAAUAAUUGUAAAUCAUUAAUAAAAAUUAAUAUUGAAUAUGUUACAUAUAUUGGAGAUAAUUGUUUUUCAAAAUGUACAAGAUUAAAAGAAAUACGAAUGAAUAAAGACAUUGGAUAUGUUGGGGGUAGUUUUUGGAAUUGUAAAAGUUUAAUAAAUAUCAGAAGUUCAGGGAAAAUACAUAUUUAUCAAAACAUUCCAUAUUGGGUUUGGAUGAUAUUAAAAGAAGAAAAUAACGAAGUUGAAGAAAUUGAAUAUACAAAUGAAGAUAGAGAAAAGUAUGGAUAUGAAAUACCAACAGAAGUCAAACGAAUAGGAAAUGGAUGUUUUGAAGGAAGUCAAAUUAAAGAAAUUACUAUUCCUUCAAAUGUAAGAGAUAUUGGAAAUGAAUGUUUUGGUUAA